AUGGCCGUCUCGAACGGGAAUGCGUCUGCCGUCGCAGACAUCAGCCACAUCACAUCACAAUUACAAAAUGUUGGCCUGUCCGAACUUCCAAAAAUUGAGGGAGUUCCGCUUUUCCCACAGCACAACCCGGUCGACGUCUACCGUGCGGUCGUAAUUGAACAACUUCACAAAAUCACUGGAGCCGAACACUCAAUCAUCGGCACCGCUGUGCAAUGGCCAUCGGACUUGAAGCAUGGAGACCUCGUACUUCCUGUGCCUGCGCUGAGGCUAAAAGGCAAGAAGCCGGACGAGCUGGCUCAAGAGAUCGCAGAGAAGUUUGAGUCGCCACUUCUGGAGAAACCGACGGCCGACAAAACGUUUGUGCGAUUCUUCUUCAAGCCUGACCCACUUGCGAAGAUGGUCAUCCCAGCAAUUCACAAGCAGAAGCUCGACUUUGGCUUCAACAAUUCGCUCGGACUGGAAGAUUCUCUAAACCCUACGAGCCGCCGGAAGAAGGUCAUUGUUGAGUACUCGAGUCCCAACAUUGCAAAGGAGUUCCACACUGGUCAUCUGCGAAGUACGAUUAUCGGCGGCUUCAUCAUCAAGCUGUAUUCGCGAGCUGGCUGGGACACCGUCUCCAUGAACUAUCUCGGAGAUUGGGGAAAGCAAUACGGCAUCCUGUCGGAGGGCUUCGAAAAGUACGGCAAUGAGGAGGAGUUCAAGAAGGAUCCCGUGAAGCAUCUCAACUACGUUUACGUCAAGAUCAACCAGGACAACUCCGAGGAGCAAAAGCCAGCAAAGAAAGAAUUGCAAGAAGUCACCGCGGAACUCGAAAAGGUUCAACAGCAACUCGUAGACAAGCCAAGCAUUGAUGAGCGUGCUCGACAGUUCUUCAAGCGCAUGGUCGAUGGUGACCCCACAGCUCUACACAACUGGCAGCGCUUCCGAGAUUCGUCGAUCGAUGCGUAUAUCAAAAUGUAUGCUCGAUUGAACAUUGAGUUCGAUGAAUACAGCGGCGAGUCGACUGUCAAGGUGGAGGAUAUGGACAAAGCUGCGACUGUGCUUGCGGAGAAGGGUAUCAGCGAAGACAGCAAAGGCGCAGUGAUUGUCGACCUCGCAAAGCACGGCGCACCUACUCUGGGCAAGACAUUGGUGAAGAAGCGGGACGGCACCUCGCUCUAUCUCACUCGUGACAUCGCCGCUAACUUUGAACGCUUCGAGAAGUACAACUUCGACCAGAUGAUCUACGUCAUCGCUUCACAACAAGACGUGCACGUCAAGCAGUUCUUCAAAAUCUUGUCACUGAUGGGACCACCUUACAGCGACAUCGUCGCCAAGUGUCAACACAUCAGCUUCGGCAUGGUCAAGGACCCCAAAGGUCAGACCAUGAGCACGAGGAAAGGAACGGUCGUCUCGCUCGCCGAUAGUCUGGACGCCGCCAAAGAUUUCAUGCACGACGUGAUGAGGAAGAACCAGGAGAAAUAUGAGCAGGUCGCGGAUCCAGAGGGCACGGCGGACACUCUCGCAAUAUCCGCCAUCAUGGUUCAGGACUAUUCCGGAAAGAUGGUCAAUGGAUACAACUUCGACAUGGAGAAGAUGACCAGCUUCGAGGGAGACACAGGUCCAUACUUGCAAUACUCGCAUGCCCGUCUCUGCUCGAUCAAGCGAAGGGCCAACGUCUCGGACGAGGAGAUGCUAAAUGCAGACCUUAGCCUCAUCGUCGGCAGGGAAGGACUCUCACUCAUCCGCUCUCUGGCACAAUGGCCCGACGUCUUCCUCAACACGUACAAGACCAACGAGCCCAUCACGGUCCUCACCUAUCUCUUCAAGAUGUCUCACCUGCUGAGUUCCUGCUACGAUGCAGUUGACCGGAACAACAAGAAUGCGAAGCUGUUCAGUGUCAUGUACGCUGAGACUCCCGAGAAGAAGGCGGCGUUGAUGGCUAUGUAUGAAGCUGCCAGGAUUGUGCUCAACAAUGGCAUGCGGCUCCUGGGUUUGAGUCCGGUCGAGCGAAUGUAA